AUGUCCACUGCAUCAGUCGAAUCCAUGGCCGCUGCCCCGGCGGGCUCCGCCUCCGGCUCAGGGCUCCUGGGCGAUUCUUGUUUCGAUGCAAAGAAGCAUAUCGCCUACAGCCCACCUUCCAAGGUCCUGACCAUGGAGGAUCUCCAUCUCAAGAGUACACCAAUCUCCUCGGUCGCAUCAACAGAGCCCUUCCCUCUCCUCUCAAGAGACGCCGUCCUGCAACACCGCCGAGAGUUAUUUUCAACCGAGGUGCUAGGUAACUGUCUCUAUCAUACCCGCCCAGGGUCGGUUCAGCUCCGGGGCAUGGCGCCUCGGUACGCCCCCUUCAUCCACAAGUUCUGGAACUCCCCCGAGGUCCUUAAGAUCCUCAGCGAUAUUGCCGGAGUGGAGUUGGUGCCUGUCUAUGACUAUGAGAUCAGCCACACCAAUGUUCAACUCGGACCAAAUGGAGUCCCUGGCAUCUACUCGACCCCCGUCGAGCCCCCUGAGGCCAGCGAGGAAGCUAUUGCCGAGUUCGAGAAUGCCCGCUCCCGCCCAAAGGUCGUGACAGACCAGACAAAGCCAAUUAUCGAGUGGCACGAAGACGCGUACCCUUUCGUUUGCGUGGUGAUGCUGAGUGAUGCGAGGCACAUGGUUGGUGGGGAAACCGAGCUCAUGGGAGGUGAUGGAACGACCCUCAAGGUCAAGUCGCCGCAGAUGGGCUGCGCAGUCUUGCUUCAAGGACGCCAUAUUACACACACGGCAGCACCAGCUGGAAACAUGCCAGAGCGCAUCACCAUUGUGACUUCUUUCAGACCCAAGAACCCAGUACUUCUCGAUGAAUCGACCAAUGGGGAUAUCCGCAACAAGUCCCUGCUGCCAGAGCUUUACUACCAGUGGACAACCUACCGAUUGCAUGUCCUCUCUGAGCGUGCCCGUAUCGCCGCAGAGUUGUUGAAGGAAAAGUACGAAAAGACGAUUGGCAACGAAAAGCCAGGGCACUGUAGCUCAGAGGUUGUGAACCUUCAAAAGGUCACGGAAUGGGCCAAUGAGCAGAUGGCCUACAUUGAGCACACUCUGUAUGCCAUGCGACCCCUGGACGAGAAUGGUCGAUGA